AAAAAUCCUAGAACGGUCACACUUGGCUUAUAAGCGUCUCAAUUGACCCAAGCGUUUUCGCGGCACAUACAUAAGUGAAACAAAAAGUUAUAAAAAUGACUGAAAAGAAUGUGAAGAGGAUCCACUAUAUGAACUUUUAAAAAAGAUGGAAAUUGAGGAAGUGCAUACAUUUCUAACAGCUGCCAAAUACAUGAACGCCGAUGACAUUAAGGAGGCAGUGCCUCCAUUAGGUCUGCGCAUAGAGUUUAGACAAAAACUCUUCAGAUGGAAGGAGUCUGAGGGUGGAGAUGAAGACCAAAUUGCGCCACUACCCUCUUUUGUCAAGCCAGACAUCAAGGCUCCCCUAAAGUUCAUUUUGAAUAAAAGUUUCCACUCCUUACUUAAUGAGUCUCGAAAGGGCAUGAAGAUUUUGGAACACGAAGAGACUCAUCUUUAUCUUCCCCAAAUGCUUCGGGACGAACUUAUUUCUGUUAUAAUAGAAGAGGCCAUGCUCGAAAACAUUACGAUUAGCGUUCCAGAUUUCCAAACCUUGCUAGAGGAAAUAUGUUUUGUUCUCCCAAGCCAGAUAAACGUUAAGAUUGAUAUUGAUUUCGACCUUAUGUAUUCUGGAAAAGGUUUUCAUUUGCUUUCAAAGUGGCAAGAAUUUCGGCAAAAAAAAUGUGUUAUUACGAAGACAAAAUCAUUAAUGAACAUUGCAAAGCCCAACUCUUGCUUGUUAAAAACUGCACCAACAUAGAUGCCCAGGACUUCAUAAUCGCCACAUUGCUGAAUGCUGUUUUGCCCUCAUCAGCCCCCUUCAAGAAUGAAGAUGGAAAAUGUACAAGAAAGGCUACAAUACUGGACUAGUAACUAUUAAUGACUUAGAUAUUCAAUUGGACCGAGUCAUAAACAAGUAUUACAGUUCGGGUCUUAAAUUACAACCUAUUAUUAUUGUAGUUGGUCUUUUCGAUUGUGAGAUCAACGAAUUUUAAACAUUAAUGAAAUAACUACUCUUCUUUUGCUUUUAUAUACAAUAAACAAUGGAAAAUCGUAUCUUAACCCAUUCGACCCCAGCGUUGCCUGUGAGCAAUUUCAAAUGUUUAACGGCUAACGGUAAUCGUUUCUUCUAUUAUUGUCUGCUUAUUCUUCGACAUAACGGUGCUUGUAUGUGUGUACUCAUAAUGUGAUCAAAAAAAAUCGAAUUUGCACAUCAUUUGACGAAAUUGUUUUCAAAAGAAUAGACGUGCGUCGUAAAAAAAAUUGUUGUGAAAUUCUGAAGAAUAUUUAAUGUGACUGAUUUACUCAUAAAAUAUAUAUAAAAAGGCUAAAAGUAAACAUGAAAUAUUGUUAAUCAAUGAAUAAGCAAAACUUUGCUAAGACUUAAUUUAAUUAAUUUUCAAUAAUAACGAGGUGACAAAUUUUCAAAGUUGUAAAGUUGCUUGUGGGCAACUUUGGGCCGUUGGAAUACAGAAUAUAUAUACACCAUAGUAUGAGACCGAAAGAGAAAGGUUUAUCAAAUGAUGACAUUGAGAGGAUUAUCAACUUCGAUUGGGAUGCCUCCACUGACGAAGAAAGUGGUGAUGAAAUGGAAGAUAUCUCUGCAGUGCUGGAGAAGAAUUUAAAAGAUAUCGUGGACAAAGGAGAAUCAAUAGAAAUUGAAUAUAUUGACAACUUUAUCGAAGAAGAAUGUAACCAGGAACCUAGUGCUGUGGCUAAGAGUUGCUUUGAAAAAGUUGAUCCCAAGACAUUAAAAUGGAGAACAAGGCCAUUUGAAGCUCCAAAAAGUAUUUGGGAAGCAGAGGAUAAACUCCAAGUCGGUAGCGUCAUGACACCUGUAGAAUAUUUCUGCACCUUUUUUGAUAUCAAAGUAAUUGACUUGAUAACAAAUCAAACGAAUUUGUAUGGGUUGCAAGAGCACGGCAUAGAGCUUCAAUGCACCGGAGAUCUUAUCAAGCGAUAUAUUGGAAUUUUGUUAUACUUGGGAGUAAUAAAAGUUCCGCAACUGAAAAUGGCUUGGUCAAAAGAGUUAAAGCUUACUGCUAUAUCAGAUUCAAUGCCACGAGGAAGGUUUGAAAAAAUCAAACAAUGUUUACAUUUCAACGAUAACACUAAACAAUCCAAAAAAGGAGAUGUGAAUUAUGAUAAGCUGUACAAGAUACGCCCUUUACUAGACAUUCUCAAAGAAAGUUUCGGUAAACUACCCCAAGAAGAGCAUCAAAGCGUUGAUGAGCAAAUCAUUGCGUACAAAGGUAUUCAAAUUUAAAUUUUACUAGAAAAUAUAUCUUCAAUUUAAAUUUUGUUUCCAGGUCAAUCCUCAUAUAAGCAAUACAAUCCAGCUAAGCCUCACAAAUGGGGUCUGAAAAUGUUUACUCGUGCUGGAACAUCUGGAUUAGUUUACAACUUUACGCUGUAUGUUGGUGAAGGCACCUGCCCUUGUUUUGGAUUGGGAAUAUCAUCGGAUGUAGUAUUAUAUUUAGCAAAAGGGCUUCCCGAAGGCAAACCUUUCAAGCUUUAUUUUGACAAUUGGUUUACGUCAGUAAGUCUUUUGAUUGCAUUGAAGGAAAUGGGCAUAUUUGCAACUGGAACUAUCCGCAAAAAUCGCAUAAGCAAUUGCCAACUUCUUUCAGAUGCAGAAUUGAAAAAACGUGGAAGAGGAUCUUUUGAUACAAAAUAUGAAGUUAACAAAAAUCUUGCAUGUGUAAAAUGGUUUGACAAUAAGUCAGUUCAACUUCUAUCUUCGUGUGAAGACCAUCAACCAGUUGGGAUAUGCAAACGAUGGAGUCCAAAAGAUAAAGCUUACAUUGAUGUAGCAAGGCCUGCUAUUGUAGCUUCGUAUAAUAAGGGUAUGGGAGGAGUCGAUUUAGCGGACAUGCUCAUGGAGUUUUACAAAGUCAACCACCGUUCCAGAAAGUGGUACAUGAGAAUUUUUUAUUGGUGCUUGGGAACAUCAAUGACAAAUGCAUGGCUACUGUACAGAAAGCAUUUUCAAAUGAUAAAUCCGAACCAAAAGUAUAUGCCGCUUAUAAAAUUUCAAAUGGAAGUUGCUCAUGAGCUGCUACAAUGUACUGACUCUACUUUGUUCGAAAAAAAGAGAGGACGGCCAUCAAAUGCACAAAGGGAAAGCUCAGUCAUAUCCUUGGGGUCUCCAUCAAGCAGUGUGUCUUCGAAUCAAUCCAAAAAAUAUAGGUUUCAGCCCGAUCCUACAACUUCUCUGCGUUACGAUAAAUUGGAACAUUGGGUGGUAUUUGCUGAAAAAGGACGUUGCAGAUUGUGCAAGACAGGUACUCCAAUGUCGAAAUGCAAUAAAUGUAAGGUCCACCUUUGCUGCAACAACAAUAAAAACUGUUUUAUAAGUUACCAUACUUAAAUUUUUAAAAUAAAAGAAAUUAACUGUCACCUAAGGAUUUUUCUUUAAGUUUACCACCACUGCCCAAGGUUGCUCACAAGCAACUUCCGGUAGCGCCAAAAAUAGUGGGCGUGGCGCCUUAAAAAUUUUUCUCAAAUACUUCUAAGGCCAAUAAAAAACGAAUAGAGUAAAAAAAAAUUUUUUAAUUCUACAGGGAAAAAGUUGGGGUCGAAAGGGUUAAAUUUAAGUAUAUAUAGAAACAAUAAACAUGUGAAAUAAAAUUUAAGCCAAAACAAUAGCUUCUUAAGCGUAUAUAGAAAAUGUAAAAUAAAAUGAAUAUCAAAACAAUAGCUUCCUAAGCGUAUGUAACAACUGUA